UCGUAAUUUGAAAUCUAUAUUUUACAGUUAAGCGCAUUCAGAGAAUACUAUUUAAUAUUUCAAUAUUUUAGAGGAAAUUUUUAAGAUGGUUAGGGCAGUAGUUGAAGAAAAAAUUAGAUCUGCACUUUCACCAACAAUCUUAAAAUUAAUAGACAAAUCAGGAGGAUGUGGAGCAGCCUUUGAUGCUGUAAUAGUAUCAAGUUUAUUUGAAGGGAAAAGCCUCCUGGAUCGACAUCGAUUGGUGAACUCAGCUUUAUCCGAGGAAAUGGAUAAAAUCCACGCAUUCAGCAUGAAAUGUCACACCCCUAAAGAAUGGGAAGAAAAAAACAAAAAUGAAUGAUCUGAAUAUUAUAGAAAUCUUCUAGAGUCAAUCAUUUGCAUCUUCCAACCCCUAUUGGUAACAUCCACUCAAAUUGUGUAACAUAAUCGUAAAUCUCUAAACUUCUCUUUAUAGACAGGGAUAACCCAGUUUAAUUUAUUAUUUAAUUU